AUGUUCAAACUAGAUCGUGCCCACGCUCAGCCGCUUGCGAGCGUGAACUUCACUGGCUUCCUCGUCGAAGUUGGACGUCCUGCCAGAUUUUGGCUGCCUAGCCCGCUCUUUGCCAGCAAUAACAAGAACAUUUGGACGAUACCAUCGAUGCGCCUGCCACUCGUGUCGGUUUUGUAUCGGGGUGAGGUGGUUCAAGUGAUACAGGCCGGUCCGGGACUCCCGGAUUGGUCCAGCAUUUUCAGCUCAUCACCUUCACAGUUCACUAUGGUUUACAAUCUGGCAACAAUUCCGAUUGACCAAACGACCGUCAUGGACAAAGAGAGCCUCAUUGUCGACCAACUGCUCAGCGGAAUUCCUGGAGCCCAUGCACUAGAGAGUCUGCAGAAUGCGAUACUACUAGAGCUGUACUAUUUGUCGUGUACCUACACCACAAACGAUACAAAUUUGGCGCCACCAUCCACGCGCGCAAGCCCUAGUCCAACCCUAGUCUCUACCGGAACUGGAAACCCCUUUUCCUGGUCAAGUCAACAUCGACAAACUUCCCCCUUCCUAGCCCUUCCUCUCAAACCCGACUGGGCCAGACGCGUUUGUGUCACUGUCGGAACUUGUCUGAACCAUCGACCAUGUCGCUCCUUACCCCCUCCUCUCCUCACCGCCUCACAAGGGGCGUUCCAAAUAUUAGACUCACCAACUUCCCUACUGCUCAAGUCGAGCAAAGGCUAG